CGUUACAUGUAGCCGCCUGAUAUUCCUGUGUAACAGCAAUUGCGGAAAGAGCAGUCGGUAGCAGUUGCAGAAGAGUCGACUAACUUACAUGCCCUUCACAGCCUUUCUUCACUAACUUUAUAUUAGCUACUUUUGACCGUGAAUGUACGGGUUGAAUUACGACUUUAGCAAUGGGAGCAUAGCACUUGUAGGUGCAGCUCCACAGUAUCUUAGCCUAGCCAAGCUGAGCUGCUGAACUGGACCAGUUGAGGGUAGGAUAUUAAGUUUAGCUAAGUGGAGUUUUUUCUUAUAAAUAAAGGUUUGCUUCCGCAUCCUAGCAUGGAGUCAUUUGGAGCCAUUGGUACAGUUCUUGGGUGCUCUGCGGGCAUUGCUCUGGGUGGGCUUGUGUUUGCAGCCUACAAACUUGGCUUGCUCUACCAGUUGUUCCACAAGACUGAGACAAAGAGCCCACGACAUGGCGGCGAGAGUGUGGCAGAGGUGCUCCGCGCCCAUGGGGUCAAGUACGUUUUCACCCUUGUCGGUGGACACAUCUCCCCCAUCCUGGUGGCUUGCGAGAAGGUGGGCAUCCGCAUUGUGGACACCAGGCACGAGGCCACUGCUGUCUUCGCUGCUGAUGCUGUGGCAAGACUCUCAGGCACUGUUGGUGUAGCAGCAGUGACUGCCGGCCCAGGCCUCACUAACACAGUGACUGCAGUGAAGAAUGCACAGAUGGCUGAAUCUCCAUUGCUGCUCAUGGGAGGAGCCGCUGGUACACUACUUCAGGGUAGAGGAGCGCUGCAAGAUAUUGAUCAGAUGUCUCUCUUCAAGCCACUGUGUAAGUUCUGUGCCUCCAUCAGGACUAUAAGGGAGAUCGUGCCUACUGUCAGGAAAGCCUUGGCCAUCGCCCAGUCGGGAACUCCCGGUCCAGUUUUCAUAGAGUUCCCCAUCGACACACUCUAUCCCUACCAUCUGGUGUCUAAAGAGUUUGGAGUUAAGAACCCUCCCAAAGGCCUGAUGGGAAAAGUUGUCUCAUGGUACCUCAAUAACCACCUCAUGAACCUUUUUGCUGGAGCCUGGGAGACCAGAGAUGUGUCUCCACUUCCUGUUGACAUCCCACAAGCCACAGACGAUCAGGUACAGAAGUGCAUAGAGCUAGUGAGUCGAGCCAAAAAACCUGUUAUUCUGCUGGGUAGCCAAGCAACACUACCCCCAACGCCGGUCAAUGAUAUCAGGAAGGCACUGGAGAACCUGGGCAUCCCCUGCUUCCUUGGGGGCAUGUCCCGUGGCAUGCUGGGUAAAGACAGUCCCAUCCACAUCAGACAGAACAGGCGAGACGCUCUGAAGGAGGCUGACUUGGUCCUCUUAGCAGGCACUGUAUGUGACUUCCGGCUGAGCUACGGCAGAGUUCUUAACAGACGCAGUAAGAUCAUCGCUGUCAACAGAGAUAAGACACAGCUACUGAAAAACUCAGAUAUGUUCUGGAAACCAACUAUAGCAAUUCAGGGUGAUGCUGGUUCAUUCUUAAUGCGGCUUUCUAAAGGCCUGAAGGGCCAUCGCUGUCCUGAGGAAUGGCCUCAGAGCCUCAAAGCUGGAGAUACGACCAAAGAAAACGCUAACAGGGCUAAAGCUGACGAGAAGACUGAACACCACUUAAAUCCCUUGAAAGUCCUCCACCGUGUGGAUGAGCUAAUGGCAGAGGACAGCAUCAUUGUUGCCGAUGGGGGUGAUUUUGUUGGAAGUGCUGCUUACAUAAUGAGACCGAGAGGACCUAUGCGUUGGCUGGAUCCAGGAGCCUUUGGAACGCUGGGAGUUGGAGGAGGAUUUGCUUUAGGGGCAAAACUGUGUCGGCCUGAAUCUGAGGUGUGGAUAGUGUACGGUGAUGGCUCCUUAGGAUACAGUGUUGCAGAGUUUGACACAUUCACUAGACACAAGACACCAGUUAUAGCUGUGGUGGGAAAUGAUGCAUGUUGGAGUCAGAUAUCCAGAGAGCAGGUUCCCAUACUCGGCAGCAACGUGGCAUGUGGCCUUGCAUUUUCAGAUUAUCAUAUAGUGGCGGAUGGUUAUGGUGGUAAGGGCUACCUUGUAGGCCGUGAGGAUGACGACAGGCUAAGCGACAUCAUCAGACAGGCUCAGAGGGAGACCCAGGAGGGCAAGGCUGUACUUCUCAACGUUCUGAUAGGGAAGACCAACUUCAGAGAGGGCUCCAUUUCUGUAUAGAGUGUAGAGCCCAGCCCUGACCAGACCUAUGCUAAUCCUUGGUGCCCUUAAAGCCAUAUUUCACUUUGGAGAGAGGAAAUGACUGAACAGUAUGCUGAUCUCUUGUAAAAGUUUACUGUCACUUGCAAUAUCACUUUAUUCCCUCUUCAAGAGUCAAAAAUCAUUCUAGUAAUACUUCUGCAAACACCAGAGUGAUGACUCUGGAUAUCAUUGGGUGACUGUUCAUAAACCUGGAAUUAUUAUUAUUAUUCAUAGCCACUUGAUUUAUCAUCAUAUUUGUUUGCGUUAGUUCUACUUCAAUGAAAUACUACAGCUCCAGAUCUGCCAGCCUAGAAACUAAAGCUUUUGUUGUGCGUCAUGCUACUUUCAGGUUCAUGUUGUGCUAUUCUAGCUAAUUGCUGCAUUUUAAGAAGGGAAAGAGUGAAAAGCAAGAAAAUCUUGCUUUGUUAAGGGAUUUUACCUCUUCAAGUGCUUGGGGUAGAUUUUUUUACCUCCAAACAGCCUAUUAAAACUUUUAUUUCUUGCAAAUAAACCAGUGACUGAAAAUCAUCAUUUGUGAGAGCAUUGGUUUAAGUUAUCAAAUACAACCAGUAUGCCUUUCCUCCUGUUAUCAAAUAAACGAGGAGCAUUUCUAUGAGGAAACAUGAAAUCUUACAGCUGUAAUAUUCUUUAUUGGUUUAUGAUUUGGGAUAAAAAUGUGUUCUGAAUGGCAAAUGGGAUGCCUUUUAAUAUUUGAUUGUGUCUUUGAAUACAUUGAUAUGUAUAGAUUGAAAAUCUGUCUGCUGAUUCAGUUAUGUAUUUAAAUGAUAUACAACACUAACUCGUAUGCAUUGUUGUGGGCUAUCAUUGAAAAUAUGCCUAUACACAAUAUGUAUUGCACUAUAAUUAUAACUUAUUUACUCUCCCGGUGAACAAGUGUGGGUCAUCUCAAUCCUAUAUAUAUAUAUAUAUAUAUAUAUAUAUAUUGAUGUUUUAUUUGGUACUUUGAGGGAGGUGUGUCAAACUUUUGAUCAGAAAAUGUUUGUUUGGAUGUUUGAUUUGGAUAGAUUGUCGAAUAAAUUGCAAAACAAAAGUGA